AUGAAACCGAAGACGCAAUCGCUGAGUUUUGUGAAUGGCUACGCGAUUCCUCGAGACUCGGACGGCGAGGUCGAUGUGUUCGACGCGAACGCGUUCGCGGACGCGCCCGCGCGCGGCGAGGCGAAGGCGUACGCGCCCGAGUACGUUAAAUUGCACGGGCUCGUCUUGCGAUUUAACGCGUAUUUUGAUGAAACCGUCGAAAACGGUCAAAAGGAGAGCGCGAGAUGCCGGAAAUGCGUCAUUUACUUUUUCCUCGAGGACGGAUCGAUCAAAAUCACGGAACCGCGCGUGGAGAACAGCGGCAUGCCCCAAGGCGCGUUUCUCAAGCGUCACGUCGUGCGCGGCGUGACUUUGGGAGAUUUAAACGUUGGCAAAGCGGUAACGAUCUACGGGUUCGAGUUUAAAAUUUAUCGCUGCGAUGGAUUCACGCGCGAUUACCUCGGACGCGUCGGCGUCGAUGUCCCGAAUGAUGAGCGCGAACCCGACGGCGUCGGUCCGUCGUGGGAGGAGGUUCGGCUCGCGCGUCGCGCCGCGCGUUCUACGAAGAAGGAUGCUCGAGGGAAAUUUCUCACGCACGACAAGCAAGUGCUUCGCUUCUACUGCGUUUGGGACGACAGGUCGAAAUUCGGCGACAGGCGAAGAUUUGUUCUGACGUUCUUUCUCAUCGACGACACCGUCGCCAUCACCGAAGUCGAAGCGAACAAAUCGGGGCGAGGAAGCGGGAUGUCUUCGACGCUUCUGCACAGGUCCAGAUUACCUCUGCGCGAUGAAGAUGCGAACGCCAGAGGUCUAGCGAACGAUGAUUUCGAUUAUGUCACCGCGGAAGACUUGCACGUCGGGGACACGAUUCGAGUGUACAAGAGAGAUUUCUUCAUCUACGACUGCGACGAAUUCACGAAGUCGUGGUACCUGACGAAAUUCCCGGGCGAGUUGACGGAGGCUGCUUUCGAGCCGCACGACGUCACCGAGCCCGAGGAUACUGUUCCAGCGCAUCGCAUACCUGAGCACACAGGUCUCGCCAUCGGGAGCGAAGAGGACAGCUUGCAAAACUGCAUUUCGCUCAUUCCCAAGCCGCCGCGCAAGGACGUCGCGAAGGAUGACGAAAUCGUUUUGCAGUUUCGCGCCGAAAUGGUCCCGAUCAGCGACGCUGAUGAAGUGUGCGAAUUCGAUGCUUCGCGUCGUUUUGUGGUCUCGUUCCACGUCGGUGACAAGACGUUGUCAAUUUUCGAACAAGCGUCAAAGGACAGUUGCUCGAGCAAGUUUCUGGAGCGCGCCAGAGUCAGGAAGCGCGACGAGACGGGCGCGUUUUACGACUUGCGCGACAUGCGCGUGGGUUCGGUGCUCGAAAUUCACUCUCGCGCUUUCAAGCUCGGCGAGAGCGACGAAUUCACGCGCAAGUACCUCGAAAACGCGGUGUGA